AUGUCAAGAGUAGACUCUUCAGAGGAAGACCUCCCUGAAACCCAGCCGCUCGCCAUUGAACAGUUGAUCCAGAAAGCAGGAGGCUUCGGCAGGUUCCAGUGGGCAAUGGUGGUAUUCGGAGGCCUAGCUAGACAAGGAGUCACCUUCUUUUUCUACACACUUGCUUACUUGGAGCUUGUACCGAAGCUUGAGUGAAAGAAUCAGACCAUGCAGACUUUUGAGACAUGAGAAGUUGAGGAUAUCUGUGAUGGAAGAGAUCUUAUUGAUAGAGACUUAUGGAGGGUAGACUUCUCUGAUAGCAGAAGUUUCCAUAACUGGAUGACCGACCUUGAGCUGUACUGUUACAGCGAUUUUAUGAUUGGCCUUCUUGGGUCUAUAACUUUCGUAGGCUUUGCAAUUAGCGGGCUUGGCUUGAAGCAAUCAGAUAGAUUUGGGCGAAAGAAAGCUAUUCUUGGAGGAACACUUUUGUCAUUUGUUGCAAUCGGUAUGAUGUUCUUCUGGAGAAACCUCUAUGCUAAAUAUGCUGCAUUGUUGAUAGUAGGAUUUGUUAGUUUCAAAGAUGUUGCUAUUUAUAUCCUAGUGGUUGAGUCACUUCCAAAGAAGUCUCAAAUUUAUGCUGCAAGUUGGGUUUUAUCAUCAGACCCAUUAAUCACUUCAAUCCCUGCGACCAUCUUCUUGAUGGCUGGGGGUAAGCAAUUACAGCAUUUCUAUAUUGCAGGACUUGUGAUGUCUGUGCUUUCAUUCUUUCUGACUCUGAUGGUUCCUGAGUCUCCGAAGUACUUAUUAGAGAAGGGAAAGUAUGGUGAACUUCGCAAGAACUUAGCGUUCAUGGCUAGGUUUAAUGGAGUAAGCAUGGGGGAAUAUCAAAUUGAAGGAGAGUUAGUUCCACCUGAUCCUCUCGAAACUCCUGAGAAUAGUCAAAAUAAGGAUAAAAGUGACCGAGAUCAAUCAGAUUUUAUUAACAAUAGUGACAAUAUUUCUGAGACAAAGAUGAACAACACUGAGAACGAUAGCAGCCAGCCUCUGUUAGGUAAAGUCGGUGCAAAAGAGUUCUCAAUAUGGCAAGAACUCAAAGACAGAAGAACCCUACUAAACCUCAUGUGUGUCAUUGUAGUUUUCUGUGUUGUGUCAUUCAACUACUACAUGAUCAGUUUCUACCUCAAAUACGUGGAAGGUAAUAUCUACGUCAACACACUUGCAGGCUCUUUAUCGGAAAUAGCAGGUAAUUUUGGAUCAGGCUUCAUUCAGAUGUGGAUAGGAUCCAAAUACUCUUUGAUUGUUUGUUUUGGGUUUUCGCUAAUCUCUGCAGUGCCAUUAUUAUUUGUCACCAACUCCAUAGUCAUAGCUAUCUGCGUGUUCUCAGGUAAAUUCUUCAUCGAAGGAGGGUUCAACAUUGCUUACUUCGUCAACCCUGAGAUUUUCCACCCCUUAUUCGUAUCGUUCUCAUUCGGGCUGUGUAACUUUGUCGCCAGGAUAUUCACGAUAUUUGCUCCACAAGUAGCAGAGAUCCAGCCGAGACAGACUCCGAUCAUUAUCCUGUUGGUGUUCACCUUCGUGGCUGGGUUUUUUACGUUGUUUUUGAGAGCCAAGAAAGAAGAAAAAUAAAUAUUUUGGAUGCUUAGGAGUUCAACUAGGA